CAAUAGCGAGUAAUAAUGUUAUCCGGGGAGCCACGGGAUUUCGCAAGUGUAAAGAUCGCUGUGACCAAAGAGUAUAAAAAGGCACAUGAGACAGCAAAUGUUACCUUUUCCGGCGAGCACUCACCGUUGAUUCAGGUUUCUUCGAAGAUGAAGGUUUUUCUCACCGUGUUGCUUGGCGCAAGCUUGGCCUCCCUCGGUCAAGGAAUGUUGUUUGGGAGGGGCACGUUCCUCGUCAGCUCGCCCAGUGACUUCCUGUGUAAAACCAUUCCGUUCUCGACUCCAUUUGCGACGGAUAGCGUGCACGUGCAAAUCACUCUUCACAUGGACGAACAAUCGGGACCAACUUACGAAGCAGCGGUUAACUGGGUAGAGCAAGUCUGCCGAGAGGGAUUCACCACUUGCGUGUCCGCAUCCGGUCCGAUUUCUGGCAACCGGACAGUCACGGUCCAGUGGCUUGCAUAUACGAGUAUCCCGGACAAUAAAGGACUGCAUUCGACUGUGUCCAUCGAUAGAUGGACUGCUGGCACCAAAUGCACAGCUGUUGACUUUGUAGCUAUGAGUAAGUCCUUCCCGUCCGCACCGUAUGUUUUCGUCACUGCUGUUCACGACUCCCAGCAAAAGAAACACGAUAGCGCCAUUGUCUGGGCCGAGGAUGUCACUUCAUUCGGCUUCCAAAUUUGUCUUCGUGAGUUGAAAAACUACGACGGAGUACAUGAAUUUGUGAAAGCAGCGUGGCUUGCCCUAGAGGAAGUCCCCACCGGAUGGGACAUCCCGUACGAGCGCGUAGUCACCCUACCAAACCUGAGUCCACCAAAAUCUACUGAGUACUACAGUUACUGCCAAACAGUGAGCUUUGCCAAGCCGUUCUAUCAGAAACCCGUGAUGAUCACAACUUCAAAGCAUUACAGUGACCCCUCUGAUCCGAAAGCCAUCCACCCGAAAAAUAACGCCAUCACAGAAUGGGUCGAGAACAUUACCGUAAACAACUUCAAGGUCUGCAUGAAAGAUAUUCAGCCAUAUGGAGGCCACCACGACCCCGUCUCGAUCAGCUAUCUAGCUGUAGGCUACCUGAAUCCUUGUGAAAACAUGCAAUGCACCCACUACGCCACGUGUAAGGCUUAUGGACCAAAGGACGCGCGCUGUGAAUGCGCUGAAUCCUGUCCUACCUACGACGAUGAGCGGUGCGGUAGCGAUGGCGUCACUUACAAAAACGAUUGCUUGUACAAAACGUACAUCUGCGAGAGUCGUUUGAAUGUGACUAUUGUGCAUCUUGGGGCUUGUCAACGUGAGUAUCCAACUGACUUAGUAAUUACUUCAUCCUGCACCCUGGAUCUCAGCACUUCAGACGUCAAAUGUGAGCUUGUCACGUUCUCCCCGAAGAACUUUGCGAAAGACCGAUUAGUGUACGUGCAAGCUUCUAUCAAUUACUACAACACCCCAGACCAGACUUUCGUCCACGACGCCGCCGUAACCUGGGCAGAGAACAUAAACAUUUACAAUUUCACUUUGUGCGGUCUAAAGGCCGGUUGCAAUGACCGCGCGACCCCGGACAACGGCGCGACAUACGUGGAUUACAUUGCUUACCAGGGGACCCCUGUGGGUGCUGUGGUGGGAGAAAUUACUUUGGCUGAAUGGUGGCAAGAGACCAAGUGUCAAGACGUUCCUCUACCAAGCGACAAGUUCUCAACAACCCCUACUGUGCUUGUGACGUCAGAGCACAUGGUAGUCGGCCAGAAACAUGACGCUGCAACAAUCUGGGUGGAGAACCCGUCAAAUACAUCCAUUACAGUCUGCCUCCGAGAAAUGCAGAACUUCGAUGGACUUCACAAAGAAAUCAACGUCAACUGGAUAGCUGCAUCUUCACUACCCGCAGAGAUGAAUAGUGAGCUGAAAACGCUGUUUUUCCCGAAUACCAACCUUCCCUUACCAGCUGAUAACUUCGCGUACUGCCAGGAUGUCGCGCUGUCAAACUACACCAGUGUCCCCAAUGUCAUCGUUUCGGCCGUCCAUAAGCAGUCGUUUGGAUCGACCAUUCCAGAAUACAACAGCAUUUCCGUAUGGGUGGAGUAUAUCACAAUUUUUAAGUUUCGUGUCUGCAUCAAGGAAUUGCACACACCCAAUGGCUACGAUUCGGUCUUCGUGUCGGCUAUUGUGAUGGCCUGAAAGAAUUACAAUACAGAAAAGAAUGCCUAUUUAUUGAUGAAAGAUUAUUAUAUUGCUAAAUUUAUAUCGAAAUAAAAGUAUUUGCAUUGUUA